AUGAACUCAUUUUCCAAAACAUUUCCAACAGCUGUUAUUAAAGGUGGCCAGUUUCAUUUUGCUCAAAGUAUAUGGAAAAAAGUUAAAAAAUAUAAUUUAGUACAACUGGGCAAAGAAGAAGAAACACGACGAGAAUUAGCAAAUAUUCUUGCAUUACCACUAAUACCUCCUAAUAGAAUUGAUGAAGCAUUUUCCGAUAUAGUCGAAAAUAUUAGCAAUAUUAGUCCAAGAUUUUUGAAAUUAACAGAUUACAUUUUAAAAACAUAUGUUGAAAAUCCACGAUUUGAAGUAGAUUUUUGGAAUCAUUUUGAUUUAAUUAGCGUGAGACCACGUACGAAUAAUCAUGUAGCAGGGUAUCACGCUCAGUUAAAUUCUCAAUGUGAAACACAUCCUAAUCUAUGGCCGUGGAUAAAUUAUAUUAAGGAGUGA